CAGGACUAUAAUAGUUCUGUAAUAUAAUAUUUAAUCGGAAAAAGUAAGGCCAUGGCUUCUGUCAAAGAGAAAGCAAUAAUACUGUUUUGGGCGGUUUGCUUGCACGUGGACACAGGUUCAGGGUCAUGCGUGGACCUGGAUGUGACCGGCUGCCGGACCAACCCACAACUCUGUCAAGAUCCCCUUCUUGCAGAGGUCACUUGUCCCGUUAUGUGUAACAGAUGCCCAACUGUUCCACAAACGACACCAUCUGCAUCAUCAGGCUCCCUCGAAUGUUACAGUUGUCAGAAUAUAAAGACACCAUCAACAUGCAACCAGACCCAGAUGUGUAGCUCGGGACAGUCAUGCUUUAUGGAAACAACAGAUACGGUGCAUGGUGUUUUAUAUCACACGGGAUGUCUCAGCAACAACAUGUGCACACCACCGGGAUAUGAGCAUGGGAUCGUCGGUCGCUCCACUGAAAAACGACAACGAACAUCCUGCCAUGAAUGUUGCUUUGGAAAUUUAUGUAACGAUCAUUUGUGCACAAGCAGCAAAUAUGACUGCAGUGAUGUGUUAAGAUCGGGUCUUUCGCGCGGGUCGGGUGUUUACAGAAUCACGCCCUGGAAUAUGCACAAGGAAGUGGAGGUUUACUGUGAUAUGGAUACCGAGGGUGGGGGAUGGACGGUAUUCCAACGACGCUUGGAUGGGUCUGUGAACUUCAACAGGAACUUUUCGGACUACGAGCAGGGUUUUGGCUCCUUAGAUGGUGAAUUUUGGCUGGGUCUUAGUCUUCUUCACUCAAUGACAAGCCGGGCUAACAUGACAUUACGACUGGACAUGAGUUUCUCGAACGGAACUACGGGAUUUGACGAGUACUCGGGCUUCUAUAUUUCGCCACCAGAAGGGUACAACGUUAACGUUGACAAGAGGAUCAACUCAGCCGGAAUGUCGGAUACCUCUUUAUUCUCCGACCACAGUACCCCGUGGGAUACAAACCACCGUCCGUUUGCAACAUACGACAGGGACGUGAACGACUGUUCUAGAAUCUCCGGAGGAGGCUGGUGGUUCAAUAGAUGCUCGAACAGUAACCUGAAUGCCCCGUACAACACUAAUGCUUUGUUUUACAAUACAAUGUACCCAGGAAACCCGAAGACGACAAAAAUGAUGCUACGAUUGAGUUAUUAAGAUUUGACCGGUGUAUUGUAUGCAUUAAAUAAAACAAAUAUUAUUCA